GAGGGGAGUGUGAGGGGAGUGAGGAGGGUGAGGGAGUUAGGUGUGGGAAGCGGGGAGUGAAGAGUUGCACCACCGCCCACCGCCUCACAACCGUUAACCGCCCACCGCCCACCACUGCAGUCGAAACAAAAGGAUACCGGACGGAGACAAAAGCCGUCGGGAGCCGAGGCUGUCGCCCCCUCCCGAGGUCGGCAGAUGUCUGUGACCGACCUGUUCGGCUCCAUCACCACCGAGACAGUGAACGUCUCCGUACCGACCGAAUCGGCGCCGCCAGACGUCGGCUGGUAUCUCAUCUGUCCGAGCUACGGCAAAAUCAACCAUGUCUACUUUCAGCUGGCCAAUUUCUUUCUGUUCCUGUCGUACCUGGCGCCGAGCGGCCUCGGCGGGCUGCUCUACCUGCGAGCCACGCUGGCCGUCGGCCUCUUUUUCCUCUGGCUCUGGGGCUACGUCGUGCUCUGCUCGCUGGAUACGUUCGCCUGGAACUUUGUCUGCAUGUGGAUCAACGUCGGGCAUGUCAUCUACCUGCUGUGGACGCUGCGGCCCAUCCGAUUUGAGAAGGAACUCGAGCAGGUGUACGGCGCCACAUUCGCGCCCCUGAACGUGAACCGGCGCCAGUUUCAGCGUGUUCUGCGUUGUAUGCGCGCCAUCCGCUCCGUCAGCUGCCGAGAGAUGAUCAUUGAAGAGCAGGCCACCCGCGUCGACAGCCUGACCCUCGUCCUCUCUGGACAAUUCGUGGUCUCCCAGGGAGGAAAGGCUCUCCACGUGGUGUCGAGAGAUCAGUUUCUCGACUCGCCCGAGUGGUUUUCAGUGCUCACCGACGACUAUUUCCAGGUCAGUGUGACAUCUCUACAGGAGAGUCGAGUACUCGUCUGGCACCGGGACAAGCUCAAACUGAACAUCAUGGAGGACCAGUUCCUCAAGGCCGUGUUCGAUAACGUUUUGGGACGGGACGUCGUCCAGAAACUUUUGCAGGUGGACAGGAUAUUCUCGUCGGGCGGAGGUCUGGUGCCGGGCAGUGGCGAGGCGGCCCGUUUCCUGGACCGCCACUCGACGCUGCUGGGGACUCCGGGGACGAACCGCAGUCCGGUGGAGACCCGCUGCGGUGUGAGGGACGCCGAGAGGAUAGAGGAAUAUGAGGACCAGACCAGUUGGCGACUUCUUCCGAUCGACGAGACGACCAAGAAUGGAACGCGUGUGUGAGCAUACCACCUGUGAACUGUGACAGAACACAUGACCCCCUGUGAGAUAUAGCACGUGCCACGAGAGUCGGGUGUCCCAUGAGCUGGACCAGGUUUCGAGGACCAUGAGAGUGACCGACGGCAGCGGACGGUAGACGUGUGUCACUAAUCAUACCCCCACAGAACGCGAGCUGCCGUCGACCGGUCCAUGUGAAUUGUACUUUAGGAUACCACGGACAGAGUCGCUGCACAAUCUUACAGACGUGGUUCACUUCAACCUUAUCUCGUCUUCUCAGCACGUUGGCGGUAACGAUGCCACCGAAGUUCUGAGCUUGUGAUGAGACAAUGGAUGAUACUGCAAUGACCAUUGACGCAACGGAGUCCACUGGGAACGGUAUAAGACUGACAAGAGUUUACUUGAAGUAUACUCAGUGAUGGUCUUAGAUUGGUAAAAUGAAAUUGCAGUCGCAGAAGUAUUCAGCGUAUGCAGUUACCGCUAAGUGCUAUCUAUUGUCUUUGCACUCAAAUUCGCAUAGUCAAUGGUCAGUGUUUAGGUUCAACAUAGCGUUGCAAUUUCGGUAACCUUCAUUCAAGCAAGAUGUCAUCAUAAGUUAACCACAGCGGAAGAAUUUGUACGCAUAAAGGCAUACCCUUGGACCAAUGGAGACCAAUCCGUAGGCAGGGGCUUUCUCUUCAGAAGUUCCUAAAAUCAAACAAUCAGUGAGUAAAUUCGAUAGUGCCUAACCAAACCUAGUUUCAGUUUGUGUCUAUGUGACGUUCUACGCUUCAGCUCAUGAUGACGAGCCCGUUGGCCUGCAAAAUGCAGCUGUCUGUGUUUUGUACUGAACGAUGGAGCACACCGGUUUGUAAUUCAUUUGCGAUGUUGUGCAGCGUAUGUGAUCUUUUUACAGCGAAUGGUCAACUGUGAGGCACAUAUCUAAGCUGAUAAUUGGGAUGGGGAGCUACUAUCAUGCUGUAUUUACAUGUGAAAUGCUCUGACUGGAAACAGUCAUGCACUUUGAUAUUAUGACAUGAUGAUUAGUGACUGUUGCUGUCAACAUUGAUUCAUGGUAGUUUGUAGAUGAGCUAAUAAUUAAUUACAUUGUUCUCCCUUUAACCAUUAACAUGAAUAUUAUGAAGAUGCCUUGCUUAGAUUGCACCUGUCAUCGCCACAUUGCCUGCUGUUAGUCUUGAAUCACUUUUUAAACUAGUUGACAUCACUAUAGCCAAACCCUGUAACGCCACUAGGAGCCCAUCGCCAAAAGCGCCCUUCAGGUCAACAUUGUGCAGUGGCCAUGCGAUACCUGUAGUGAGCAAGCACGCUGCCCCAAUACCUUGCUUACCUUCACAAUAGAUACUGGGGCAUUCCACGUCAAAUCAAACACCGAAAUCCGUCAUCCCCUUCGAU